UAGCUGUUGAUGAAACUGGUAAUCGACGUGGCCCAUCAACUUCUUCAUAUUCAUCAACAGGUGUUGAAGGGGCCAGAAGUUGUAUCUUUCAACCUGUUUUUCCAUCGUCUUCAUUAGAUUCAGAUCAGGACCUCAUCUGUAUUUCAAGUCAAAAGGAAUCACCACAUGAUAUCCUGCAGAAUUUUUCUGCUAUUGAUUCUAAUGAUGAUUUCUGGCUAGAUGUAAAGAGGGAGGAUCUUUGGUGCAUGUCUUUGGCAUUAUAUAAGUUGGCUCUAAAGCAUCCUGAUAGGCUGAAGAAAAAUCUUUGUGUGAAAUUUAUUGGAUCUGGAGAGUUGG